CACUAAGGUCAUUGCAUCGCGCAAGCGCUCUGAAAGGUUAGGGGAGUUCACUAUGAGUGAUGAGGUUGGGGCACUAGUUUUUGACUUUGGAUCGUAUUCUCUUCGAGGGGGUUUUGCUGGCGAAGAUAACCCUAAGAUUGAUAUUCCAUCUACUCUUGGGAUUAUUGGAAAUGAAGAAGGUCUACCAGCGAAAAGAGUCGUUGGCCAAAAUAUCUUGAUACCUCGUAAAGGAACUGACCUCCAAUCAUUUCUUAAAGAUGGAUUAAUUGAUGACUGGGAUGCUUUUGAGGAUGUUAUGAGUCACAUGCUACGGUACCUUACACCUGAAGAGGCUAGUCAUCACCCGAUACUUUUUUCGGAACCUUCAUGGAAUACAAAGUCAAAACGAGAGAAAAUUGCUGAAAUUUUGUUCGAAAAGUUUAAAGUUCCAGCAUUUUAUAUAGCCAAGAACGCUGCUUUAACUUGUUUUGCAAACGGCAGACAUACUGGUUUGGUUUUGGAUUGUGGUGCUAUUCACACAUCAGCCGUCCCCGUGUACGAUGGUUUAGUUCUAACUCAAGAGGUUAUACGCUCCCCUUUGGCUGGCGAUUUUAUUGUUCAGCAGGCACAAAGGUUAAUUCUGGAUGAGCUUAAAAUAGAAGUUGUUCCAUAUUAUCGUGUCGCAUCUAAGGAGCCUGUAAAUGAACGUGAACCUGCAAAAUGGAAAGAACGGACAAAUCUACCACCUGUUUCCACAUCAUAUGAGAAUUAUAUGUUGAAAUGCCAAAUACAAGAUUUUGUGGCGUCAGUUUUACAAGUUUCUGAAGAUCGUUAUGAUCAAAGCCAAGCGGACACUUUUCCAAUGGUUGGUUAUGAGUUUCCAAAUGGAUUCAAUUUUGAAUUGGGUCAUGAACGUUUUCAAAUCCCUGAAGCUUUAUUUGAUCCAUCUAUAUUGUUAGAAGCUGGCGGUAGUUCAAUGUUAUCAAUGAGUCACAUAGUGGCUAGUAGCAUUAGUAUGUGUGAUAUUGACAUUCGACCUGUAAGUGUAAUUUAUUUUAAGUAUUUUCUUUUUACUGUUUUGUUUUAAUUAAUGUGUUAAUUGACCAGUCAACAUUAACGUAUGACUCAAGAUAGUUCAAUUCACUUCCUCAAUACAGGGAAAUGGAAUUAGUCGGACUAUUUUUGAUUAAUCAAAUAGAUUAAACAUAGAGUAUUUGGUUUUAAAAGAACUAAUGAAUCUAUGGAAGCUAAGAGAAGAUGAAGAAUAAAUAUAUUUAGUCUCAGAUUGGAACUAAUUUUGAGGCAAUUUCGAUUCGGAUUCAUUUAUUAACUUUGAAUACAUAGUUUAUAAAUCGUUGUUUAAUGAGGACACCAACAAAAUCCAGAGUCUUCUAAUUUCAUGUAGAAACAUUACAAGCAUGUUUGAGAUGGAUUUCUUCCAAUCAAAACAGGAGAUGUUUCCAUAAGACCGAUCUAUGUCAACGUCUAAACUAAUAACUUGGAAUGAAGUAGUUGAAGGCGCAGACCAUUUCACUUAUCUCGGAAGUCUCAUAAAUCUUGGUGUACUACUGAUUUUAGAUGAACUUUGGCAGUUUGAAAAUUUGGUUGAUUUUUACAGAUUUAAAUGUCGUAGUUAGGAUUACGUCUGCCAACUAAUGGGAGUGUGUACUUCUGAAAAUCAAUUCACUCUGUGCUAUUUUGCAGCUUCGAAGCAUGGACUUCGUAGUAGAAGACUGGGUAGGCCCAUUACUUGUUCACUAAUUUCUUUGGAGUAUCUGUCACUUACUCUUCGUGGAAUAACUAAGUGGUAGAGCAGAGUGGACUAGAAGAAAGCUAGGAUUUUAGAUUAGUUCAUAAAACCACUGACUGUUAGAAAUUGAGCAUGUUGAUAGGUAGAGACCACGUGGUUGGGAUCUUCGCGAUAACCUUGACCAAUAGUCGGAGACGUUGAGUGACAUGAUUCGGAAUCGAUCACCCACUCAUAAUACACCAAGUUAAAUAUCAAUUUUAUCACUACCUAGAGGGAGAAAUAUUCGCCACAUAAUUUAUGUAUCCAUACACACUACUUACUAAUAAUCAGUAGUCUGAGUUACAUGGCUAUAUUUCUACUUUUCGUAUGCUGCAAUAGGGUAAUAUACCUUUGUUUUCAACAGACCAAUCAUAUUUCGAUUAGUUCUCCUACUUCUGAUAGUACUUAUUAUGCAUUUAUUCUCACUAUUCAUGCUACUCUUUUAAAUUUAAUUUAUACUAAAAGAAUUGUAUAACUGAAAUGUAAUACCUAAUUCCUGUUUUUAUUGGUCUCAUUCUCACCUCGACAUGCUCGUGUACUGUUUUCUGAUUUACAUUGUAUUCUGCUUUGGACCAAUACAAAUAUGAAACUGUCUUAAUUCAGUCAAUACUCCAAAACGUAUAAAAAGAACGAGUUAAUCGAACACAAAAACAAAUAUAUACAGAAACAUAUACGUUACUUGUUAUUAUUAGAAUGAUGCAUGUUCACAGAUCCAAAUAGAUAUCUAUAAUUAUAAUAAUGUAGGUAAAGUAAUUCAAGAUAAUGUCAGAUAUAGAUUCAAGGUGUUCAUGUGUAAUUGACAGGGAAUAUGCUGUAUGAAGUGAACUAAAACGUGUUCAACAGGCUUGUUAGUAAACAGUUACAAAAUGGCAGCCAACAAAGUCAAUGUAUAUGUGAACACGUGUGUUUGGCAAACGGUAAUCCUUAAGAUAUGUGAGAAAAAUGAACGGAAAUAAAGGGAAUUGUUGGAGAGACCCAGAAAAUUCCUCGAAAAAGGCCAAAAGCGGCCAUGAAAACACUGAGCAACAUCUUAUCCAAUUAGCAUUCAAUAGAAGUUUCUCAGAAACAUCUAUUAAGUUAAAAGUCACAUAUCAUAUUUCUGACUGGAUAAUUACCUAUCCUGCUAUUAUGUUAAAAAAGGGUUCCAGAACUUUCCAGAGGCCCAAGGCCAUCUGAAAUGCUAUAAAUACCCUAGACUUUCUGUACAUGAACGAACCUUGGUGUAAAAUGUUCUCUCUAUAUUUCGCGCCUAUUCUCUUAUGUUCAAGUUGUCAUGCAGAUUUGACCUGGGAGUUGCUAGAAGAGCUUAGGAAACUGAAUCAAGCGUUCAAUGAGAAAAUUUGUCAUAACCAAAUGUUGUUUUCUCGUUGGCUAGAAAGUAAUUCAACGUCAUUCAGAUACUUUACUUCCACCGAUCUACCAUCAUAUCAUUAACCCUAUAAGUUAAAAUGAGAAUUCUUCUUAAAAGUAUGAUAUCCAAUAGCAGGCUAUCCGUAAUCUCGUUUUAAAAAUCAUGCAUAAACUCAACAAUCUUUAUCUUUAUUCCGACUGAUCGAUUUCAUUUGCUUCAACGCUGUCAGUAGAGUGUAAUUUUACCAUGAUUAUUUAUUUAUUUUAACACAUAAACAAUGGUACAAGGAGGCACCAAACAGAUAUGUGCCACAUAAAUGAUUAGAUUUAUGUAAGGGCUGGGAUACUGUCCGGGUGCUGGAACCGAAGCAAGUGGUUUUCUUAGGGGUCACACCCGGAGCCUUCAACCUAAGGAUCUAAUCCACCAUGCAGUGGAGCAACUUCAGGAGAUGUAGUCCCAUGGUAGCCGGUGACCAACAAUAGAUUCAUACACCAUUUGUUUCCUUAGGAUCCUGGAGCCCAUGUUCACCAUUUGUUUGAAAUGAGAGUUUUCUGCUCACCGUGCCACUUCCUUUACCGCAGUUUGUUCCAUCCCCAUCGAAAUGUCGAGUCCACUGGCGCGCUGACCUCUGUAGCUCUGUCGAAUUGCCGAGUCAUCUACAUCCCAUAUUCGCCUAGCGAUCAGAGAUCCCACCUUUGCUCCCCAUCGACUGCGACUGCUGCAACCAAUUCCGCUCCUCCAGAACACUACACUCAACGUCACCUUCCUGCACCAGACUGCCACAAAUAGCGCCUCCUCUCACGGCCUCGCAAUGGCGUUCGCAUCACUUCAUCCUCUUCGCCUGUUUGGCAGUGACACCAAAUGUAGUGAACGAAGACUUGGUGUAGAUAACCGAUUUAUUGUUUAAUGCAAAAUUACAGUGUCUUCGUAAAGUAUGAAAACCAUACAUUACAUACAUCAUUUACACAUCUUCCAGCUCCGAUUGGAAGUGGAAAGGUCACCAACAUAAGAUUUAGAAGACUGAAGUGGAGAGAGGAGGAAGGAACACUGAAAGCAAUCAAGAUUACAACAGGAAUGAAUAAACAAUGUAGUUCGUAAGAAACAAUUUAAAGAUAUGCAAAUGAUGUACCUAGUGUAUGAUUUCUACAUUUUACUUAACCACCAUGUAAUUUUGCAUUAAAUAAUAAGUUGGUUAUCCCCACCAAGUCUUCAUUCACUGCACUAUUACUAACAUCAUUUGAAAAUAAACGGGCGAGACUAUAAUUUAUGGACGAACCAAUCUCGUAUAAGAUAACAGGUCUCGGAUUUCGGCGCGAAAUUCACCCAUUCAUUUGAAUAAAUAGAGUUUUGGCAUUAUGGCUGAUGCCGGUUAGUGAUGAAAACCCUAAACCUUAUACCUAAUCUUAAUCAUCAACUGUAAAUCAUAAUCCUAAUCCCACACACAGGUUUAUAGCCCUCAUUUGGUCCUGGUUAUUAGGUGUACACUCUCAAGGACAGUCUGGUGUUACUCAAAGGUCGUCCAUAAAUUAUAAUCUCACCAACAAACCAUAAAAAAACACAGAGGGCGAGCGACAAUUGAACAGUUGUUUUGUGCCAAUCAUCAAUUCAACAUGUAUUCAGGUUUGAGUCACUUGUUUUGUGUAUCAUAGAACUGAUGAUAUUGCACAGUUUCUCAUGUUGAAUUACAUUGAGCAGUUGAAUUUUAAACCUGUGAAAUGAUAAAUAAAGACAUGAUUGUUUGUUUUUGCAAUUUAUAUCCCUUUCAUUGAUUACUAUAUUGUACUAUUGAAGAAAUAUUCAAUGAACUUAUUCUCUUGAUUUGGUGAAUUCUGUCUCUUUGAUUGUAAUAACCAUCAGUUCAAUACGUUUUUAUGUUUACAGAAUUUUAUUUUAUAGUAAUAAUAGGGGCGGCCAAACCAAAACGUGGCAUUAGUCCAUAAAGUCACUAACUUGUUUUCUGCGUCAUGCUGGUAGAUGCAGACUACUUGGUUGGGGUUCACAUGACCACUGUAACCAGUAGUUGGAGACUCUAGAUGAUAUGGCUCAUAAUCGAUCACAAUGUUAUAGGUUUAUACACUCUUUGUAUACCCUUAAACCAUGAACUUAAAGUUGUUUUAUACCUUUCUCUCCACGAACUAAUUCUUUCUUUUAUAUAUCACUACCAUUGAAGUAACUACUUCUGAUACGGUAUUGAUUACAUAAUGAAUAAACAUUGAUAAGAAUAUAGUGAGUAGAGUUUAGUUGAAAGAUUAUUAAUUUGAAAGAUAGUUGAAAAAAUAAAAUAAAGUCAAUGAUGUAAUAAAUACAAAAGAAAAAAAGGAAAAAAAAUUUUUAAGAUGCAGCGAAAGAAUAUUUGUCACCAAGGCAAGGAAAGAUUAACAAACGUCGCCUUUUGAAUACAUAGGUCAGGUUUUUGACGCCUGAUGGCAACGGCUUCAGCAAACUUCAGAAGACUGGAGUUUGUCUGCUUACUAAUCACCCUAAAGGAUUAUAAGGUAUCUACCUGAUGUCCUAUAUCAAGGAAAUGUUUAGUGAUUGCACUAUUCAGAGUAUUUCUUUCCCUUGUUCUAAGACUUUUUGGAACAUGUUCAAAAAAUCUAAGAUAUGCUCUCCUUUCAGUUCGGCCGAUGUAGCUGCUUUGGCAGAUACAACUGUAUUUAUAAAUACAUCGUACAUCGUACCAUAAAAUAGAAAACAACAUUUGUACAAGAUCUAACCAAAAGAGGCUGUGAAUGUGGAAGGUAGUAAUUGAUAGACUGGGUAUAAUUCAAGAAUGUUAAAUCGUAUAAUAAUCGUCUAUGGGUCAAAAUAAAGCUUUUAAUAAGAAGAACAUGAAUAUGAAUAGUUAUACGUUUAGUGUUAGUCCAGAAAUAGAUCCCAAUAGUUACUAUUCAUUAUUCUCAUCGGGAUAUAACAGUACCCAUCUGUAUUCACUAUAUAUAUAAGUUAUAUUGAUGAAUCGUUUUUUUCUUUCUUUCCUUAUAUUAUCAUUUUUAGAGUUUGUAUAGUAAUAUCAUAGUU